CCAUUCAUCAGAUAUGGCUGCAAGCAUAGCAACCCACGUAGUUAUAGACUCCCAUCGAUACCUGAACACCCUUCUCAAACCCAGAUGUGCAACACAUAAACUCAGUAAACCCUAAUUUUUUCAGCUCUCUCCGAGUCUCCUCAGUUUCUUCGUCUCUGGAACUACUAAUUCCCUGAAAUGGGUCGUGUACGUACCAAGACUGUGAAGAAGUCCUCACGCCAGGUGAUUGAGAGGUACUACUCUCGGAUGACCUUGGACUUCCACACCAACAAGAAGAUCUUGGAGGAGGUUGCCAUCAUCCCCUCGAAGCGGCUGCGUAACAAGAUUGCUGGAUUCUCUACCCAUCUGAUGAAGCGGAUUCAGAAGGGACCAGUGCGGGGCAUCUCAUUAAAGCUGCAAGAAGAAGAGCGUGAGCGUCGUAUGGACUUUGUGCCAGAUGAGUCAGCUAUUAAGAUUGAUGAGAUUAAGGUUGAUAAGGAAACCAUUGACAUGCUUGCUGCCCUUGGCAUGUCUGACAUUCCUGGGAUUGUUGAAGCUGAGCUACAGCCCGUGGUUUCUGCCCAGACAUUUGGUCGUGGUCCAGGUGGGGCUGGUGGAAAUAGGAGGUACUGAGUUAAUUUAGUUUUUUUGGGGUUUUAAGAACUAAUAUUGUAGCUGUAUUGAGGCACUGGAUUCUUUUUUGUUUUAAUUUUAUUGUUUCGUACUAUCAACAAGGUAAACUCGUCUUGUUACUUUUGGUUAAAUGGGUGUUUAGAUGUUUUUGAUUUGGAAGACGGUUCCCCUGGAUUAUUUGCUGGAGAGAUUCUGAGGGCUUUUUUGUUACGAUUCAUGGUUAUAUAUGAAUGUGAUUGGCUUUUGCUAUUAA